UCUUUUUUUGUACACACGAAUUGAGGUUAAGUGUUUUGCAAUAAAUCAGCAAAGUUAAUUACGGUGGGGAUUAAAAGUAAAUUAUUUUGCUGCAAAACCUGCGUGACAAGUUCCUCAUUUCAUUCAUCAGUAUUACAAAUUGAUUGUUGUUUCAAUUUAAACUUCAAUGACUUUCCCGGAGAAAGUCUUCUAAUCUCUGUGAUCCUUUUUAACUCCUCUUUGGGGUUUUCCGGGAAGGAAUUCCGGGAAUUUCUCUGUGAGCCUUGUGUGCAACGAAGAAAAAAAACAGCUAAAAAGAACCUCACCCAUCAAUUAGUGAGAUAAAUAUUGUAUCCAAAGCUUUGGGAUUAAGGAGAAAUUAUCAGCAGUGAGCGAUAAGAGGGCAGUCAUGACACACUCCAAGGGAUUCAGAGAUGUCUUCAGCUACAAUUCCUGGGUUCAUGCGGUCUCCGGGGCAUCGGGAGCCGUCGUGGCUAUGUCUGCAUUCUAUCCCCUCGACACGGUCAGAUCGAGGCUACAGUUGGAAGAUCCUGAGAAACGGAAGAAUAUGAGUACGUGGGAUGUUUUGCGGCAGCUGGUGACUGAAGAGGGUUUCAGUACACUCUAUCGUGGCAUUGUGCCCGUCCUUGAGAGCCUCUGUAUCUCCAAUUUUGUCUACUUCUACACAUUCCACAGCCUCAAAGCCCUCAAAACAACACAUCGUGGUCAGAAUGCCCUGAAGGAUCUCAUUUUGGGCUCUGUGGCGGGGAUUGUGAAUGUCCUCACCACAACACCAUGCUGGGUGGUGAAUACGAGGCUCAAGAUGAAGGGAAUUAAGGGAUCUGGAGCCACCACUAAUGCCCCCUAUGGGAAUCUCUUCGAGGGAUUGCACUAUGUGGCCCAGACAGAGGGAAUUGCUGGCCUCUGGGCCGGCACAAUCCCAUCCCUUGUGUUGGUCAUUAAUCCAGCACUGCAAUUUAUGGUGUACGAAGCACUCAAGAGGCGCCUCCUGAAGGUCUAUGGGGAACUCCCGUCCGCCGGGUACUUUGCCAUUGGUGCCGUAGCUAAGGCAUUCGCCACAGUGCUCACGUACCCGUUGCAAUUGGUGCAAACGAAACUCCGUCAUGGGGAUCGCAAUGCCAAUCUACCCCCGGAUGCCGGGACCAUUGAGAUGCUCCUGUAUUUGCUCAAGAAGCACGGAGCAGCUGGAUUAUUCCGUGGAUUGGAAGCAAAACUCCUCCAGACAGUCCUCACAGCAGCUCUCAUGUUCACAGCAUACGAGAAAAUUGCCAAAUUCGUCACUUCGCUCCUUGUUCGUCAGAUCCCCGUUAAGUAGGACGUUCUGGACAGAACAAACCACACCAGGGGCUGUAUUCUCUAAGAGUGAAAAUUUCCCAUGAUAAACUCCCGAAGACUUUUGUAAAGAAAACUUCACGUGAGCAUGAUCCUCUAAGAAAAAAAUGCAUCCGUGAUAAACUCCCGUGAGAUUUUCCCGGUUUUCACGUUUCUUUUAAAGCGCUAAAGCCUUCAAAGCAUGAAUUAUCUAAAAGUGAAAAACUCCCGUGAUAAACUCCUGAAGGCUUUAGCGCUUUUAAAGAAACGUGAAAACCGGGAAAAUCUUACGGAAGUUUAUCACGGAUGCAUUAUUUUUCUUAGGGAAUCAUCUCACGUGAAAUUUUCCUCACUUUUUCCUGCAAAAUGCCUUUGGAAGUUUAUCACGGGAGUUUUUCACUCGUAGAGAACUCAUACCCAGGACAUUUCUUCUGUGACUAAUUUCCUUUUUUUUCUUUUUAAUUUAGUUCAAAUUCACGCCAUAGGCCUUUUUAUUUAUUAAUAAUUAUCCUUAUUUUCUUUUAGAAAGAAAAACCAAAGAAGAGUUUUGUGAAAACUCUUUCCCCCCAGUUUUCCCCACGUGUCGGUGAUUUUAUUUUUUUUAGGAACAAAUUAUUAAUUUUUUUUUGGUGAUUUAGUGAUAUUUUAGAUGUCCUCAUUGUCCUUUUGCAAAAUGCAUUUUUUUUUGCAUAAAGCAUCCAUGACAAAUUGUUAAUAAAAUUUGCGAUUAAAUGGAUUGGAAAUAAAAAAAAA